CGCCGCUCCCGCUGCCCCUCCGCGCCGUUCCUUCCUCCUCCUUCGCCGUGGCGGCGAUGUGACUCUCCUCUCCUGGCUCGGCCCGCCCCAGCUGCGCGGCGAACAUGGCGGAGCCUUCUGUUGAGUCGGCAAGCCCAGGAGGGUCGGCAACAUCAGAUGACCAUGAAUUUGACCCAACGGCUGACAUGCUGGUUCAUGAUUUUGAUGAUGAAAGAACAUUAGAAGAGGAAGAAAUGAUGGAAGGUGAAACAAACUUCAGUUCUGAGAUUGAAGAUCUUACCAGGGAAGGUGAUAUGCCAAUUCAUGAACUACUUAGCCUUUAUGGCUAUGAUGGUACUGUACCGCUACCAGAAGAAGAGGAAGAGGAGGAGGAGGAGGGUGAGGGUGAAGAUAAUGAUGACAACAGUGGCUUCAGUGGAGAAAAUAAAGAGGAGGCCAUAAAGGAUUCAUCUGGUCAGGAGGAUGAAACCCAGUCCUCCAAUGAUGACCCAGCACCAUCUGCCGUACAGGAGAUAAUUCGACCACGUCGGAGUAAAUACUUUGAUGCAAAUAGUGAAAUAGAAGAGGAAUCUGAAGAAGACGAAGAUUAUAUUCCUUCAGAAGACUGGAAAAAGGAAAUUAUGGUGGGCUCAAUGUUUCAAGCUGAAAUUCCACCUGGAAUAUCUAAAUACAAAGAGAAUGAGAAAGUAUAUGAAAACAAUGAUCAGCUGCUCUGGAAUCCCGAUUACUUGACUGAAGAUAAAGUGAUUGAAUUCCUUAAUGAAGCCUCCAGACGAACUGGUGAUGAGAGAGGAAUAGAUGCUAUUCCUGAAGGGUCUCAUAUUAAAGACAAUGAGCAGGCCUUGUAUGAGUUAGUGAAAUGCGAUUUUGAUACAGAAGAAGCACUAAGAAGAUUAAAAUUUAAUGUGAAGGCAGCUCGAGAGGAGCUAUCUGUGUGGACAGAAGAAGAAUGUAGAAAUUUUGAACAAGGUUUGAAGGCCUAUGGAAAGGAUUUUCACUUGAUUCAGGCAAAUAAGGUACGAACACGAUCUGUUGGUGAAUGUGUAGCAUUUUAUUACAUGUGGAAAAAAUCAGAACGAUAUGACUUCUUUGCUCAGCAAACACGAUUUGGUAAAAAGAAGUACAAUCUGCAUCCGGGUGUAACGGAUUAUAUGGACCGUCUGUUAGAUGAAAGUGAAAGUGCUGCAUCCAGCCGGGCUCCCUCCCCUCCGCCCACAAAUUCUAACAGCAGCACCAGCCAUUCAGAGAGAGAAGACAGUACAGCCAGCAACAGUAAUCAAAACGGUAUAUCCACUAAUGGACCUGGUGAAUUAUCCAGUAAAGAAGAAGUAAAAAUUGAAGGAUUGCACAUGAAUGGACCAACAACUGGCAAAAAAAUGCCACUUGGGGACUUUGAUUCAAAUGGUUAUGAAACAGAAAAUAUUUCCAACCAUUCGAAACUUGCUCAUUCAAAUGCAAAGAAUGAAAAUGAUUUUGAAGAAAAAAAUGAAAGGCCUGCAAAGAGGAGAAGAGUCAACAGUAAUGGAAAGGAAAGUCCAGGAUCCUCAGAGAUUUUCCAAGAACCAGUGGCUCAUGGAAAGUUUGAAGAACAGGAGACUGUGGAUGACUGAGUGUUUGGUUUUAUUUCUUUAGAGUAUUUUUGGGGUGUCUGAAAUUUUCAGGGUUGAUAGGUUACCUUACUGAUUCAGAUUCCAUAACAUAAUGCUAUUGAGAUUUUGAAAUACAUUUUCAGUGCUUUUGAAUUUUGGCCAGAUGAGGUUACGGUAUG